AUGUCUGAUGGAGAAAUGAAAUUCGGUGUCAGAGAGAAGGACAUGAGUGGUCCUAGAUUGCGAAAGUGCGAAACGAUUUCUAUCUCCACAAAAGAUAGGAGUAUUAAUUACGUCGCGCCAUCGGUUUUCGCCCUUCCGAGUGGGGAUUACUGCCGAUUUCGUCGGAAUUUAAAAGCUGCAAAUCUGGUACUAGCUGUGGAUAAAGGAGUUAGUUCAUAUAUCCCAAAAUCGGCCAAAGCUGAUUACAAAUUCCCAACAAGCAUUAGGCGAGUGAUAGCUGCUACCGUAACUCAACUAAAAAGGCAUCCCAAUAUGCACUUCAAUAGUAGGGAAAUAUCAGUUCUUUCACAGAUAUAUUUCACCAUCAUUGGAAAUCAAGCUCGUUGCAUGACCAAGGACGAAUUAAGAGACUUUCUGAGAAAUACGGUGGGAAUCACAAACUCGCAUGUAUUAUUAGGAUUGGCAAGAGUGACUGCUGAAUUAUUCGAGUCCGAAUCUCCCAAAGAAAAGUCGGAAAUUCCACUAGUGAACUUCAUCCUGAUGUUGUCUAUCUACUUAAGAGGGAGUCUCACAGAAAGAGCUGAAAUGGCAUUCAAGAUCAUAGAUAUUGAUCGAGAUGGAAUGAUUCGAAAAAAUUACGAACUCGCCCAACUCUUAAAAGGAUCAUUUGUGACAAAUAUUGCAGCAAUUCAUCCAGAUUUUGAUCCAUAUCAACCCUUUCGUGAUUCCAUCCAGUAUCUAGAGCAGAUCUUCCAUUUUGGCUCUUCUGGAUGUGCGGAUAUGGAAAGAUUCAAGGCGUUGGUCUUAAAACAACCGUGGAUUAUCGAUUGUCUACUACCAACAACGUGUCAAGAUAAUGAAAAGAUGCGUUUACAGUAUUUGUUAUCUGUAUAG